AAAAGUUACUGCCAACGUGAACGUUCAGCUGGAGAUGCAGGUUUAAGGUGACCUGAUUAUCGGUCAAAAUGUGGUUCAUGUACAUCAUCAGUUGGAUAGCCCUGCUAUUGCAGAUUAUCGUCAUAACCUUGUCGAUUGCUGCUGGUCUUUACUAUCUUGCCGAGCUGGUUGAAGAAUACACAGUGCUUACAGCUAAGAUCAUCAAGUAUAUGAUAUUUGGAACGUCGGCAGUCUAUGUAGGCUUGUUACUGUUAGAAGACUUCCCGCUGAUGAUGGUUGUAUCAGGACUUUUGGGAAAUGUGGCAUUUUUCUUGGUGUUAAAGACCUUCCCAUACUUUGUCAUCAGUUCCCCUGCUUUUGUUGGCUCUGUAGUUUUCGUUGUUAUCAAUCACUACCUUGCCUUCCAAUACUUCUCGUCGAUUUGGUACCCAUUCACUGACGUGCUGUCAUACUUCACACUGUGUCUGUGGCUGGUGCCAUUUGCGUUUUUCGUGUCCCUGUCGGCCAAUGAAAAUGUCUUGCCUACAAUGUCAGAAGCAAGACCCCAAAGUCAGGACUCCGCAGACGUGGUAUCAAACUACUUCAAGGCAAAGGGAAAGAAAUAUGGACUUCUUUCAUUUUUGAAAUCUGCACAGGAUAGCAUAUUACCGGAUCGUGUUAGAAAACAUUACUAAUGAUACAAACAGGAAGCUAUGUCAGUUAACUGAUGUCAUUUUAUAUUUGAUGCAUUUUUUUAAGGAAAAAGGCACCAUAUCAUUUCAGAGUGGAUUUUAAUGAACAAGAACCCAUUACCUAAGUUAAUGCUGAUUUUAUGUUCUGUGUCUUUUUGAUGAGAAUCAAGUCAACCAUUUUUCAUAGUUCAUUACUUCAUAUACAAAAUGUAGUUAAAUUUUCUUUAUAAAUAACCUUUGCACAAGUAUUCAUGUAGAUUUGUAUGUGAUGUACAUUGUAAUAAUCUGUUAAUGGAAAAAAAACACUGAAAAAAAUAAGAUUACAUGGUUUUGCUUUCCUGGGAGAUCAAGAUAAACAAAACUGAGAGAAGCCAUCUCAGGCAAACUAUUGGGAAAAAAUCUUAUUAUUUUGAUUUUUUUUAUAAGAAUGUACACGUGCUUUCAGGUACAAAGGGAUAAAACUGGAGAUGGUGCUGUGACUUGUUAUACUGGACACAUGUACAAGGUCUAACACCACCCACCAUCUGUUUAGUUUGGUUUAGUUUAUUCACUUUAUGUACUAAUUAACUAUAAUCAAUGUUAUGUCAGUGUUAAGUAUUAUAUGCUGUAAAUGUGCUAAUGUUAAUUGUGUUGAGUUUGUUGUGAUAUAUCUUUUUUAUAAUGAAAACAGCUUUCAUCCCAGCAUACAAGUGCUUGCACAGGGGCUUGACACGUUCUUUUGCCCAAUAAUGAAAAGUUUACCCCAGGGUCCUAUUGAUCUAGGAGUCAGACCCUGGGGUUAAUUUUAGUGAUCUAAGGUCAGACCAUGGGUUCACUUUUUCAUUCAGGGUCAUAGGAACAUGUCAAGCCCCUGUGAGUCCUUACAGUUCAUAGAAACAGUUAACUUUAAAUUCUUGGCUAGCUUUACCACCACAUAUUUUAAAGCAUGAUUGUCUCCUUUAUAGAUGGUACCAAACAAUGAUACUAAAAAGGUAAAGUAUGCGAAAGAGUUCUAAAAUUUUACUUCCAAAUUCAAUAAAUGACAUUACAAGUCAUAAAUAGUACAAAGAAAAAAAAUUCAUAGAGGGUCAUCGCAAGAAUUUUUAACUUCGUGAAGUAAUAUUUUUCUACAGGAUAAAAAAAGUUCCCCAUUACAUCACUAGAUACAAGGUGAAUUGUUUUGAUUAUUUUUUUGGAGAGUCUUUAGUCUAUAUUUGUUCUUUAUUUGUAAAUAUAUUGCUGUUUCAAUCAUAAAACAUUACAACAUUAUUCCUGUGAUAAGCCCAAGGCCAGGGGCCAACAUAAACUUUGAUUCAUCAUAAAGGGAGGCGAGCUUUUCACCAGACAUGGCCUUAUUGCCAGAUAAAGGUAUGUUACUAUGAUGGUCCGGAUGAGAUUACAUUCAGUGUCACACUGUGUUUGCUUACACAGUCUGACACGAUAGGGUCUGUUCAUUCAUAUGCUGAACAACCAGUUGAUCCAUUUUUAAACAUAAUAUUUCAAGCAUAGAUCUUGAUGGACCUGCAGCUGUUAAUACAGGCCUUGAAAGUCUUUGUCAUGGAUCGUCUGAAAUCAACAGGAAGUCAUCACAUCCAUCCUUAUUUCAUAAACGAACAACUCUUGUCCGAUCAUAAAUUGUGCGAGUGUAUUUUGGUUGUAUGCAAUAACCUGAACAACCAUGUACAAUUUGAUAUGAAAUUACUGGUCAGUAAUUGUGAUCCCAGAAUUACUAUGUAUACAUGUAUGCAAGUGUUUGUACCUUACUUGGAUAUUUUGUGAUCAAGGACUAUCAUUCAUUUUGUGUGAUUGUUUGCUAGAAUUUGCUGUUUGUGUUACUAACAUGCUGUUUGUAUGACCAUGCUAGAGUCGGCUCAGAAGUAGAUAGUACAUUUGUAUGUGUUGUACCUCAAGGUUUGAAAGAUUUAUUUAAAGUGCUCUUUAUUUUUCCGCUGAAAAUGAGAUUUUUUUUCAUAGUUGUGUUUGUAUUAAAUCCAGUAGGAACUGAUGAUCAAGUGUAGGUAUUAAAUGAUGUUAUAAUCUGGCUGACACAAGGGUUAUUUGGAUUAUAUCCCUGUAUCUCUACAAGGAGUGUUAACUUGCCUGCGGUAUGAAUGUGUACUUGAAAUGUUUUGUAUAUCCAUGUUGAAUUUUAUGUGAAAUAUUACAUUAAUUUUACUGAUUAAAUAUUUCUGUAAAAAUUCUGAACGAACAAGAAAUGUCAAUGAAAUGAAAAAAUGAUCAUGAUCACACUGUAAUACAGUAUAUUUUUGUGAUGAGGAUAUUUUGUGUGAUGUCAAACACAGGGGUGACAUCUGUACAGCGGGACAUGUUCCAUAUCAUCUUCAUAGAAUUAAAAAUUGGCACAUUUAAUUGAAAUUUAUCCAAACUUUUUUCAAUGUUUUGAUUCUAUUCAAAAAUGUUUGAAAGACACCAAAUAAUAGUUAUUAAAAUAGUUCAUCUCAACAUGAAGAGACGACAACAAAAAAUGCUUCAGAAGGUUUAUGAGAUAUACAAUUUCUGGUUUAUUUUUAUAUUUGGAUUUGCUGUUUGUCCCCAAAUUACAUUUGCUUAUAAUAAUGCACCCAAUGUGACCUAUCAUUAGAAAUCCAAACCGCUUAUACAAACUGUACAUAUUAAAUAUAUAUUUGUACACACAUUUUAAGACUGAUCUAUGCUGAUUUCCAUUAACGCCAUGAUUUCAUUGUUUUGAAUUAAAAGGGGCUAAUUAAUACAGUAUAUAAAUAAAAUAUACAAAAAGAUAUAUACAUGUACAGGUCAUAUAUUUUUUCAUGCAGUGUGUCAUCUUUGUAUGUAGAUAUGAUGUUAAAAAACACCAAACACUUUUUUGUGUGUUGUAAACUUACCAAGGCCGUGCUAUGUGGAUAAAGGGCAAGUAUGAUGAUGAAAUGAUGACGAUUGCCUGAUUAUUAGUCCUCUACUGGUGAAACCGGGGAACUAUAGGUUUCCUGUCUGUCUGUCUGUCUGUCUUGUAUGUACGUACAUAACACCAACGUUUCGUCAGUGCUCCAGCAGCUUCAUUCAUGGAGGGAUUUUGAUCAAACUUCACACAAUGAUUAAGGACCAUUAUUUCUCUCGCCCUGGACAGGGAUGUCCGCAGCUUUACCAGGUUGAGAUUUUCUUAUCUCACCCUAGGGAAAAGACAAGCUACACAUGCUCUUUGAAUGUGCUCUUGUUCUCCACAGGGUGACUUCACUAUGACCUGACCCGGAACGUUUGAAUGCUAAAUAUCAACAUUAUUCACAAAAGAAAUUGAAAUAAGUAUUAAUUAUCAAAGUUAA